UUAUUCCUUCCUUGGUUCUUAAAUGCGGGGAGCGAGUUUUGUCAGAGAAAGAAGACCAAGGAGGUAUUCCAACAUCUGAAGAAGAAGACUUGCCAGAUAUUGGACAAGCAAGACUGUCGUUACUUAACAGAAGGCAGUCUUGAGUUAACAGCGCAGAGAUUCUUUGGUCUCUCGACGCUCUUUGUGAAUUUGAGUUACUUACUUUGCAUCAACUCCAGUUCCCGUUUCACUACUGCUCCGAGGAAUUGAAUAAACACAUUAUUUUCGGAAUUUGAAAUGCAAAUUCAGUUUAUAAAAAACAGAUUAUACAAACCAACGUAACAAGGUAAUCGCAAGUUCUGUAUGACCGAUGAACAAUGUGGAAGGAAAUUGCAAUAAAGUUGUAUUGUUAACUUAACGAGAACGCUACUACUCUUAUCAAAAUAAACGUUAAUACCAUAAUUGAGGAAUGUCUGAGAUAAACGGUUGGGUUCAGUGAGGUUGUAAAUUGUGAAAAUGAAGUAAACAUGUUGUAAAGUUAGUCGUGAAGAAAAGUAAUAAAAGACGCCCGGUAAUUGGAUUACAAUGAGAGAUUCCUGCACAGCUUGACGACGAGUUGGAUGUGCAAGUCUAAAAGGCAAAAAAUGAAGAUCAAGAUUAAAUGAACAAUUCAACAAUCACUUCUCUGUAUCAAGUUAAAAGUUAACAAUUGCCACAAUCAAGGAUUAGCCAUUGUGCGAGUAAACGAUCCGGGGCGACCAUAACAGCUCGUCGUCUUCUUUUCCAUUUUCUUCGUCCUCCUCUGUGACACAAAGCACAAUCCCACCCAUUCUUAUUCUUCCAACUAUUUUGCAUAAGAAAUACUCGAGUCGAACCAAAAAAAACACUACUAAAUUGCAUCUAUAGUCCGUUCAAAUCAAAUCAAAACAAUGAAAAUGAAUGCCAAGUCGUCUUCCCUUUUGUGGACCUUGUCCAUUUUUGUACUCUCGAACUCGGUGGUGCACAGUUUUUCCGCCACGAUGCCCGGUGCGGGUGGUCGUGACCGCAGUGACGUGGAAUUUGGGCAUCACCACGAUCAUUCACAAGGUUCAAAAACUGGAGCGAGAUGCGAAGAAGUGACCAUUCCAAUGUGCAAAGACAUGCCAUACAAUAAAACGAUUUUACCCAACUUGAUGGGCCAUGCCACACAAGAAGAAGCAGGUUAUGAAGUCCAUCAAUACUAUGCCUUGGUCAAGGUUCAGUGCAGCCCGUCUUUGAAGAUAUUCCUCUGCUCACUGUUCUCGCCUUUCUGCAAUAUUUUACAUGAGCCACUGCCUCCUUGUCGAAGUCUUUGUGAAGCUGUCCGAAAUGGAUGCGAACAUGUCCUCCUCACCUUUGGACUUCCUUGGCCAGAUUACUUUGACUGCUCUCGAUUCCCGUUGCACAAUGAACUCUGUGUCAAUGGCGACAUCCCCCCGCAAAUCCUCCCACCAGCCGGGUCAAAUGACUCCUAUAGCCAUCAUGCCAUUCCAACGACGGAUUCUCCGAGAGGCUACUCCCCUCAACAUUUAAGUUGCCCCUCUGACUGGUCUGAUCCUGAGCAUUCUAUCUCAUCUGUGGGUCACGAGCUUCAAGAAUGCGGGCCUCCCUGCUCCAUAUUUACUCCUCAUCAGAAACAAGUCGCUAGCUACGUUGUGGGAGUGGUUGCAAGCGUCACCCUGAUUUCAUCACUAUUCACCGUUUUCACGGCCAUUUUGGACCCCACUAGAUUUCACUACCCAGAUAGAGCAAUCGUCCACAUUGCCGUUUGCUAUGUGGGUCUAGGAGUCUGCUACAUUAUCGGGGCGUUCGGAAGCAGUGAGAUUAGUUGCAGCAAAGGAUUCAUUGUUCUUGGACCGGGUUCUGCCUCCUGUACGCUUCUUUUCAUGUUCACAUACUUUCUGACGUUUUCUUCUCAUAUUUGGUGGGUGCUGCUCUCUCUGACCUGGUAUUUGUCGGCCGGUCUGACUUGGGGAGGUGAAGCCAUUGCAGACUAUUCCCUCUACUUUCACCUCUCUGCCUGGGGUAUUUCCGCCUUCGUGACGAUGGCUUCGGUAGCUCUGGGUUAUGUGGAAGGCGACCCACUUGCCGGACCGUGUUCACUUGGAGUUCAACGGUCCACAGAGCUCCAGUAUUUCAUGAUGUUUCCACUAAUAGCUUUAAUUGUUAUCGGGACAAUUUUCUUUGUACUUGGAUUUUUUGGUCUCUUUCGCAUCCGUGGUGAAAUCAAAAGAUCUUCCACCAUCAUGUCCACCGCUAGUGACAAAGUCUUCGUGGGCAGUGCUGGUGGUCAACGGUCCCUUUUGGGAUGGGAUCAGCAACAUCAGAACAUCACAAGUGAACAACCCAGCCGAAGAGGACCUGCUGCGGGGUUUGAAAUAUUAAUGGCGAGGAUUGGAGUGUUUUCAGUUUUCUUCCUCCUAACAUCGCUCGCAUUCCUCGUAGCAUUAUUCUAUAUCUCGACUCCACUCUCGGAAGGCGGAGUAUUGAUGCCCAUCAUUGGAUCUCAAUCUCACAGAGACAAUCAAUUAUUGUUUAUUAUGUACCUCGUUAGGUACAUUGCAAAUCUGGGGUUUGGCUGUGCCCUCAUAAUUUGGGUUUUGAGCUGGAAAACUCUGAUGACGUGGAAAAGAGCGAUAUGCGGCCCAACCGUUAAUAAAUAACUUUAGAAAAAUACAGUUAGACCAUAACUGUCAUUUAUAAAAGACUGCUCACUCCAAUUGCCAUAAUUUUUAAUGUGUAUGUGAGUUAGAGUAAGUUAGUUAGCUGUGAAGCCCCAUGGGUCUCAAGAAAUUACGUAUAUAUUUACUUUGUUAGUUGAGAUUUACGAUGAAGAAUCAAAAAGCAGCUACAAAACCCAUAGUUAAUGUACAAAGUGAUAACUUGUUGCCUUAUUAUUGUUAUUAUUAUUCUUGGCCUGAUACUUAUAUUCCACUAAUCAUGUGUUCCAAAAUAUAAAAUUGAACUUGUUCUUCCAUCUUGUUUGUCAUCUUUUAGACACGUUCAGUUUUGAAUCAUGUAGUUGAAGUAAAGAUUGUACAUUUUAUAAAUUUAGUAUGCAGCUAAGAUUAAUUUUUAGGAUUUUUAUUUAUUUAUUGUCAGUAUGGGCAUGCGUAGCCAUUCAUGUUGUAAAGUAUAAAUGACUAAUACUUAAUUAAGUAACAAACAGAAUAUUUUUAGAUAACAUUAGAAUAAUAACAACAACAACAAUGCUCUUUUACUUAUACACAUAUACCUAACUGAAAUAAAUCAUAACGAUGAUCAACAGAGCAAAUGUUGACCGUGAUCAAAAAAUA